GGGAGGCUGUGGCUUGAAUGAGAGGGAUGUUUCAUCCUGACCGGCACACACGCAGACACCACACACACACACACAGAUUGAGUGAGAGAGGGAGGGAUACAGAGCAGCAGAGAAAGGGAGGCAAAGAGCUAGAACGGAACUCUGAUGGAGGAUUCACAUUAAUAAGAGUAAUCUGGAGGAUUCUGGCUGCACAGAAGCUUUAAUCUGCGUAUCUGGAUUUACACUGCAAUUCAACAAUACUAGCCAUAUAUACUAGACGAAGGGGAGCAAGAGGAAGAUCAAGAGGAAAUUCUAACAAUUUAUAUUUUAAAAGAACAACAGGGACGCUGUUUAAUUUCAUUCACAGGGAGAGGAGUGUUAACAGCACAAAAAAGCAGUUUAACAGGAGCUCCACUUGCAUUUACGUGCACAUUCUAAGUGGCUGCCUAAACAUAAGCAAGACCUCUUGCAUCCUUUUCCGUAUAGCAGACUAGUCUCCUCCUUGAACAUUGGAACUAAGACUGAAGGCUGCUCUCAGCAACACAGCAAGCCUGACAAUGGGCGAUAAAGGUACAAGAGAAGUCUUUCAGUUAAAUGGAAAUGCCGUUACAACCCAUAAUAUAAGCAGCUCAAAGAUGGCUGGACUUUACAGAGUCUUUAAGAAAGCCAGCCCCAAUGGAAAGCUUACAGUGUAUCUUGGAAAGAGGGACUUUGUUGACCACGUGGAUGUGGUGGAACCCGUUGAUGGCGUUGUUUUGAUUGACCCAGAAUACUUAAAGGAAAGAAAAGUGUUUGUGACGCUGACCUGUGCGUUCCGGUAUGGACGUGAGGACUUGGAUGUUCUGGGUCUGACCUUCCGAAAGGACCUCUUUGUGGCCAACAUUCAGGCCUUCCCUCCAGUGCCUGAAGAAAAGAAGCCUCUGACCCGUCUGCAGGAGCGCCUCAUUAAAAAGCUGGGGGAACACGCCUACCCAUUUACCUUUGAGAUUCCCCCCAACCUACCUUGCUCAGUCACCCUUCAGCCUGGACCAGAAGACACGGGAAAGGCGUGUGGCGUAGACUUUGAAGUGAAAGCUUUCUGUGCAGAAAACCUUGAAGAAAAGAUCCAUAAAAGGAAUUCAGUACGUCUUGUGAUACGUAAAGUGCAAUAUGCCCCAGAAAAACCUGGACCACAACCUAUGGCGGAGACAACGCGGCAGUUCCUGAUGUCUGAUAAACCUCUUCAUCUUGAGGCUUCAUUAGACAAAGAGAUUUACUACCAUGGGGAACCAAUUAAUGUAAAUGUUCAUGUCACAAACAACACAAACAAGACAGUGAAGAAAAUUAAGAUCUCAGUGCGUCAGUAUGCAGAUAUUUGCCUAUUCAACACAGCACAAUAUAAGUGCCCAGUUGCAACUGAAGAGUCAGAUGACAUCGUAGCUCCUAGUGCCACCUUCUGCAAAGUUUACACGCUCACCCCCUUUCUCGCCAACAACCGUGAGAAGCGUGGUCUGGCCUUGGAUGGAAAACUCAAACACGAGGACACAAAUCUGGCUUCCAGCACCUUGUUAAGGGAAGGUGCAAACAAGGAGAUCCUGGGCAUCAUUGUGUCUUAUAAAGUCAAAGUGAAGCUGGUUGUGUCUCGAGGCGGACUCUUGGGAGACCUUGCAUCAAGCGAUGUUGCUGUUGAGCUUCCCUUCACAUUAAUGCAUCCUAAACCCAUUGAAGAAAGCUUCUACAGAGAUGUGAUGAUGACAUCGUAUUUGAAGAUUUUGCUCGGCAGAGACUUAAAGGUGCAAAGGAUGACAAGGAUGAGGAAGACGAAGGCGCAAACUCGCCCAAACUAAAUGACAGAUAAACAGGCGGGACUAGUUCUGUUCUGUACUGUGACACUGGUACACAGAGGUACCAGAAGCUGCAGAUAACCUAGAGCCUGGGAAUCCUUUUAUUCUAAACAGUGGUGCCAUUCUUUUGUUCAUGUUCACAUUUGUCUUUGACUAAACACAAUGAUAUAAGGCAAGCAAACAAAAAGAACUCAUUCUCAAUACAAGCGGUAGAAAAUAUAUCAAUUGAAUUGUGAUAACCAGACCAAGGGGCACUCAGCAGCACAGUGCUCCUCUGAGCCACUUUGUUAUACCUGCAUUUCAUUGUGAGACUCAAAACGGAAUAUAUCAGAUUUUUUCAUUUGUUUUUAGGAAUCUGAUUGAGGGUAAAUACAGUACAAGCAUUAAGAAAUACUGACUAACUUCUUGUUGCUUUUUGUAACAUGAUAUACGUGUAUCCAGUCUACAAGUCAUAGGGCAGACGGGAGACAUGCUCAGUUCAGCUGAGGGAUGAAGAACAGAGUCCCUUGUCAGUAAUGUUUGCCUUUGCCUUUACAAAACAUGUGACUUUGCACAAAAGGAUUGUCACAUUGAAGUCUAUCUCCAGUAAGCCCUUCAAAAAGGGUUAGCUGUUCUUAAGCAUUAUUAAUGUAGUAAAGUACUCUUCUAAAAACUUACGUUAUACAACCAAUCAAAUAAAAUGAACAAAUAAAUAAUAAAAGUGAAAAACUAUCUUUUUUUGGAAACCAUAUCAAACUACAGUACCGUCCACGGUUGAUACUGUCUUCCGCAGACUGGUAAAAAAGUAGAUCUGUUUAGAAGUGACUGCAUCUCAAGAUACUUUUCUAAACCAAUUUACAUAUUUUGGACCUAACAAAAGAGAAGUAAGACUCAAUGAUUUGCUGUUAUUGGCACUUUUGUUUUCUUCCAACUUUUGGUGGAUGGAUACAUAACAAAUGGCAAAGUGCAACAUUAAAUAUAGACCAAGAUUUGCUCCUGUAAAUAACAGCAGAAAUCUGUACAUUAAAAAGCAAAAAUAAAUCAACAGAAGGUUCUAUCCUGGACUAUCAAAUGUAGUUCCAAUAAUGUUGUAAUUCCACUUUCUGAAGAAAUCUGAAGACAUGGAUAAAAUAUACAUUUAAUUAAAGUGAAACGGUUGGGGAAAGAGAAAGCAGUCACACUGUGUCAGUGUCAGUAGUUUUGUUGGUGAUGAGGACAAACUGAGCAGCCAUGGAUGGGAGAUGGUGCAGUCUGGCUUGGAGUUAUCACUCAUUACAUUAGCUGAGUACACUAAGGGUGGCCUUGCUGUAACACGUGUUCAGGACUUUAUGUCUGGUAAAAAAGGAAUGUAAAAUUUCAGAAAAUUAAAUGAAGAGUGGUAGAUUUAAACCAUGUCAGCGUUUCACUUUGUAUUCUACAUCUACAUUAUUUUCUGCUAAGGUUUUUUAAAUUUUAUUUAGAUCUAUACUAGUUCAGUGACCCUGUUUACUGCUUACUGCAAAUUGUCUUCAUGCACCUCAAUAAAAAAUAAUUCUUAAAGAAAGACAACACCAACUGCCCCUGAUGAGUCCUUUUAUAUACCAGUCUAAAUUAUGCCCAUGUGAGAAUGUGGCUCUUGGCUCUCCAUUAAUUAACUAAUUAAAUCAACAAUGCACCUCAUGUGAACCUCUACACAGACAAUAGAAGCCUUAUGGCCUCUAAUAGCACACCCAUUGUAACUAACAUCUUCUCUACAACUAGCCCCCCACUAUGAUGACAUUGUUUUAAUAGAGCUUUUCCAAACAUCUGAAAAUAAUUGGAACAGAAACACUAGUGAACUCACCAUCAUUUUUUAAAGGAUAGUAUAAAUAUCAGCAUUCUACUUUUGUUUGAACAUAUGGUCCAUCGCUAUCAAGAUUUCAAAUGGUUUUUGGAUUCAUGGAGUUUAGUUUCUGUGUCCAUACACAUACUCAUCAACAGAACAGAAGUGUGGUACAGUUCUGCAGGGACAUUUUAAACAAAUUCCUUCUCCAUUUUCACGUCAUAUGUGUUCUUUCUGAAAUUUAGUUUUUUUUUUAAAAUAAAUUCAGUAUUAAAUAACUUAUUUACUUAAUAAAAUAUUUAGGAAAUAGCAUUCAGUUUGAUUUUUCAUCUUAUGGUAAAAGUCUCACACAAUAUUCUAAAGCAUUUUCCCUUUACAGAAAAAAAGGAACAGUAACAAUGUAAAUGCAUCAGACUUGGCGUGCAGUCAGAUGUCAUUUUAAUAUUGAUUUAAAAUGUUAUUAAUACUGGCAAUUAUAUCACAGUGAAGCUUCGAUAAGAAUUUUAUUAUGGUCUUUAAAUUUCUUUGUGUUUCAUAAGAUCUAUUAGCUGUAUUGCAGUAUCCAAACGUCUAUUACUGUGUAUUGUUUUUAAUGGCAUUAUAAUUUUAACACAUUUCAAAACAAUUUCAGUUAUUUGAAAAAUGCAAAAUUUUGAAAUGAUCAAAACAGAAACAUCUUUAACUCUAAACAUGGUCAGUACAAAUGAUAUUAUAGGUUUUAAAUAAUUCCCAGUUUGGAAGAUCUAAUACAAAUGCUGAAUGCAAAGAAAACACUCUCCUCGCUAAUAUUUCCAUCUGAAUGUCACAAAAUGUCCUUUUUUAUAGAAUAACACAUUUUUGACAAUAAACCAGUACAUAUAUCCUCCAUACCUUUUUUUAAAUAAGCCUCAAGGAAAAAGUAAUAAAGAAUCUUUUUUGCAACACUACUUACUACGGGAUCUCUUACUAACUCCCCAGUUUGUUGUUGUACGUUCUGAAGAAAAAAUUGAAAUUAUUUCUGCAAAUGUAAUUCCAAGUGCAUAUCACUUUAUGAAAAAUGUGCCUAAUUUUACAAAAUUAAUAAUUUCUUACCAAUGAGAAACUCUUAUUUUAUUGCACUCCACACUGAUACAAAGUGCAGUAAUCCCUAAACCCAUUAAUGUAAGGAAAAUAAAGCAAAAUGUUUACAUUGAAUAGAUAUGCCUAUUGUUCUUCCAUGACUGCUCUCCAUGUUACUUAAAAUGAUCUUUCUUAAAGAUGACGCUUUCUUAUUUAUAAUAGAGCUUAGUGUUAGAGCUAGUGUUUGGAACUAUCAAACACGUUGAAGGUUUUAGUAUUUAUGAGACGAAAAUGUGGUUUUAUAUGCUUCUUGAUUCCAAACGCAUCAUAUUUUUGUAAUGCAAUUUCUCUGUACCAUGUUCAAAAUAUCACUUUGUUUCUUUUUGUUCUGGGAUGUAUUUGUGAUGUUUGACUAUUCUGUCAAGUCUUAAUAAAUAAUUAUAGUUUAAAUAA